AUGAUCCCACAUGGUGGCCGUCCAUCGAUGUACAUCGUUUUGCCAGCUAUUUUCCAGGUUCGUGGAGAGCAGUCAGAUCAUCAGAUGUUGGAGCUGAUGUCUCAAUCUGAACUCGGCUGCGGUUUUGCAGUUGCCGCCUUCGUUGUGAUAACAUAUGAUUGGGCACUAACAUUGGGACGAGAGGUCGAAUUAGUCUGGAGACAACGCUGGUCGCUCAUGACAGUGAUGUAUCUCAGUGUGCGCUACCUUGGGAUCCUAUCUGCUGCUCUGUCCAUGGUGUAUAAUGUUCCGACCAUCUCGCUGACAGAUACAUCCACUAAUGGCUACUGGCUACCAUGCUAUACUGCCAAAGAUGUGAGUUGGAUGAUCUACACUAUAUGGGAUUGGACGGGUGCUGUGGUAUUUUCGAUGCUGUGGGUCAUCAUCAUCACUCGGCUGCAUGCCAUGUAUCAACGAGACAGAAAGAUCCUGAUAUUCCUCGUUGUCACCUUCCUGGCGAUCAACGCUUUUGCUGGAGUGACAGCCGUAAUGUCAACGAUGCAUACUUCAGGAGAGGAACUUAUUCUCUCCGGCACCUAUAUGUGCAGGAUUAGCUAUACAGGAGAUGCUCUAGUUCUGGAUUUUGUUACUUGGAUACUCUACAUUGUGUGGGAGGUCCUCACACUAUGUCUCGCAGUCUGGAUUGCGGUAAAACACUUCCGCGAACUGCGAUUACAUGGGGCAGGAGAGAUUAUCGGGGACUGUUUGACGGUGUUGAUGAAAACUCAUUUGCUUUACUUUGCGAGCUUUGUUGCUGUCUCUUGCGUUAACCUCAUUAUUAUGUUCUCUCCAACAUCAUCAACGAACCGAUAUCUCCUAGAAGAUCAGACUUUGUAUGGCUUGUUGGAAAUUUUGGCGGUCGUGAUGUUUGUGCUAGGACCACGGCUGAUCCUUGGCAUUCGAGAAUAUAAUGCUAAGCUCGUGGCUGACUCCGACGCAGCAACUGGCAUGACCUCAAUCGCUUUCCAAGAGCGUGUGCAUAUAUCAACUGGAAGCAGUGUGUAA